GCACUCUUUCCGGCUAAGUCUCAGAUUCUCUUCAGAAGUUGAAAUCCCACCCUCCAUCUGAAUUUUAGAAGAAGAUACGUAUUAUACCAUAAUGGCCACCACCUUCAACAACCCUUUUCGGUCCAAGCGACUAGCUUAUCGAGCCGUUGAAGAUACACCAGAAGACGACGAUUUCAUUCACUCCAUCCAGUCAGAUCCCUUGUCGUACGCGACCUCAAACACAACACUGUUGAAACCUCAAACAAAGCGUGAUACAUUGAAUGGCUACAAGAAACAUCUCAUGGAGGAUGCAAUUUUAGCAGUUAUAAUUUUGCUACCAAUCCAGAAUAUCCAUGGCCAGCCUGGUACGGGUAGCCCGGAAAUCUGGACGCCGAUCGGGAUUAUUGCUCUCAAAAAGGAUGAACCGGGUCACGACCAUCAUCGCAAAAGUUCUAUCAGUAUUGAUAUUGCCAAGCCCUAUCAGAAUCAUGGCUACGGAAGCGAAGCGAUUGAAUGGGUGGUAGAUUGGGGGUUUCGGAAAGCUGGCUUGCACCGCAUCGCAGUUGAAUCUUUCUCCUAUAACCCAGGUGCAACACGCCUUUAUGAGCGCUUGGGAUUUCAAUUUGAAGGACGGCAAAGAGAGGCUAUCUGGUACGAUGGAGGUUGGCAUGACAUGUUAAUCUUCGGUAUGCUAGACCGAGAAUGGGAAGAACAGCAACAGAAGAAGUCGAAGGAAGGGUCAAGUGAAUAAUUCUAAUCCACGGUCAGAGGAAGAAUAUCUCCAAUGUUACUAAGCAAUAAGCUAGGAGGUUGUUAAUGGACCCAUUGAUCUAGACACAA